CUCUGCUUCUAUCUGGCCAUCUAUGGGAUGGAGUGAUAGCCAGAGACCCAGGCAGGCAAAUCCUAAUCAAAUCCACGGUGUGUGUGUGUGUUAUGUUGGUUGUAGAAGGAAGGGGAAGAGCAGACAGAGUGUAUUGUUGGGAGAACAGGUCCACACUUCUGAAGCGCUCCACACAGCCGAGCUGAACCACACAUCAGUCACAGAUCCGUCUGGAACAUCAGGACUUUAAACCUCACCUACAGUGUUGGGGUUAAGAUGGAGAAAACAUUCAGAGCUGUCACUCGCACUCCAGGCAUCAUCAUCUGGAGAAUCGAGAAAAUGGAGCUGGUUGUCGUCCCGGAGAAAACUUAUGGCAAUUUUUUUGAAGGCGACUGUUACCUUCUGCUGUGUACGAUGAAAUCUGGCAGUUCACUGACGUACAACAUUCACUACUGGAUCGGCGGCGAGUCGAGUCAGGAUGAACAGGGUGCUGCUGCUGUUUAUGCCGUUCAGCUCGAUGACUUUCUGGGUUCGAGUCCCAUCCAGUACCGCGAGGUCCAAAGCAACGAGUCCAACACCUUCUGUGGAUACUUUAAACAGGGCAUCAUUUAUAAACAAGGUGGCGUGGAUUCGGGGAUGAAACACGUGGUGACGAACUCGAGUGACGUUAAGAGGCUGCUGCAUGUGAAGGGACAUAGGAAAGUCUCUGCCAAAGAGGUGGAACUGAGCUGGAACAGCUUUAAUCUCGGAGACGUGUUUCUGCUGGACAUUGGGAACUCCAUCAUCCAGUGGAAUGGACCGAGCAGCAACACACAGGAGCGGCUGAAGGCCAUGAUGUUGGCAAAGGACAUCCGUGAUCGAGAGCGUGGAGGACGAGCUGAGAUCAGCGUGAUCGACGGUGACGCAGAGAACAAAUGUUCCUCCUUAAUGGAACUUUUGUGUAGCGUGAUCGGACCACGGCCCGCGAAGCUCCCCGACGGAACCCCAGACGAUCAAGCGGAUCAGGAACAAAUGUCUCAGGUCACGUUGUACCAAGUGUCAGAUGCUGAUGGGGAGAUGAAGGUGAGAGAAGUUGCCAGCAGGCCUCUGGUGCAGGAUUUACUACUUCAUGAGGACUGUUAUAUUGUGGAUCAUGGUGGCGUGAGGCUGUACGUGUGGAAAGGGAAAAAAGCAAACAAAGCUGAGAAACAGGCAGCAAUGUCCCGAGCUGUGGAGUUUAUAAAACAGAAGGGUUAUCCUCACAGCACUAGUGUGGAGGUGGUUCAUGAUGGAGCUGAAUCAGCUUUGUUUAAACAACUGUUCCAGCGCUGGGCUGUUAAAGACCAAACUGUAGGGAUGGGACGUACAAACAAUGUGGGAAAAAUCGCCAAAGUGACACAGGAGAAGUUUGAUGCCUCAACACUACAUGUGAUGCCUGAAGUCGCAGCACAGCAGAGGAUGGUGGAUGAUGGAAGUGGGCAAGUGCAGGUGUGGAGGAUUGAGAACCUGGAGCUAGCUGAAGUGGACUCUAGUCUUCACGGUUAUUUCUAUGGAGGCGACUGUUAUCUCAUCUUAUACACGUAUGAAGUUAACAACAAGAAGAACUACAUCCUGUACAUGUGGCUGGGCCGUCACACGUCUCAGGAUGAGAUGACAGCGUGUGCGUUCCAUUCAGUGACGGUCGAUCAGCAGUACGGUAAUCAACCUGUCCAGGUGCGAGUGACCAUGGGCAAAGAGCCACGACACUUCAUGGCCAUGUUUAAGGGCAGGAUGGUGGUGUUUGAGGGAGGAACCUCAAGACAUUCACAGACAGAGGAGGAGCCGCCGGUGCGUUUCUUUCAGGUCUCGGGAACAGAUUCGUACAACACCAAAGCAAUCGAGGUUCCAGCUGUCGCUGCUUCACUCAACUCUAAUGAUGUGUUUAUGCUGAAAAGUCAGACUGCAGUGUUCCUGUGGUACGGCAAGGGCUCGAAUGGAGAUGAACGAGCGAUGGCUAAACAGAUGAGCUCUUUUCUUGGGAAAGGGCUUUCAGAGGAAAUCAUGGCUGAGGGACAGGAACCCAUUGAAUUCUGGCAGCUUCUGGGAGGGAAAACUCCGUACGCAAAUGACAAAAGGCUACAGCAGGAUGUGUCUGAUCACCAGCCGCGUCUGUUCGAGUGCUCGAAUAAAACAGGAAAGUUCAUCGUCACUGAAGUGUCUCAGUUCACGCAGGAGGACCUGAAUGAGACCGACGUCAUGCUGCUGGACACCUGGGACCAGGUGUUCCUGUGGAUCGGGGGGCAGGCCAACGACACGGAGAAGAAGGAAUCCGUCACAACGUGUCAGGAAUAUUUGCGCACGCAUCCUGGAAUGCGAGACCCCGAGACUCCCAUCGUUCUCAUUAAACAGGGAUUUGAACCCCCUACCUUCACCGGCUGGUUCCUGGCCUGGGACCCAAACAAGUGGAGCGGUGGCAAAACUUACAAUCAGCUGAGGGAGGAACUGGGCAUAGCCGCAGAAGCGGUGAACAUCACCCCUGCAGGAGGACUCACUAAUAGUGCCAGCAGUGAUAAGAGCAGCGGCGCCGCUGCAGAUGAUGCUAAUCGGGUGUAUAAGUCUUUUCCCCUAGAGGAUCUCAAAAACAAAUCAGCUGAGGAGCUUCCAGAGGGAGUCGAUCCCACCCAGAAAGAGGUGAGACAGACAGACAGACAGACAGACAGACAGACAGACACACACACACACACACACACACACACACACAAAUUGAAUGGACAAAUUGUUGGCACCCUUCAGUCAGUGAAAGAAAUUCACGAUGGUCACAGAAAACUUUAA